UCCGCCCGCCGGGUCCGUGCGGCGGCGGCGGCUGCGCAGUGAGAGCGGGGAGCGCCAUGAGCGAGCGGCGGCUGCGGGCGGUGCGGGACCGCGUGCGGUCCUUCCCCGACUUCCCCGUGCCCGGCGUGCUGUUCCGCGACAUCAGCCCCCUGUUGAAGGAUCCUGAAGCUUUCAAGGCUUUGAUUGAUCUUCUGGAAGAUCACCUGAGGGCAUCCUUCCCCAAAAUCGAUGUCAUUGCAGGUCUGGACUCCCGCGGCUUCCUCAUAGGCCCCCCCCUGGCUCAGAGGCUGGGGGUCGGCUUCGUGCUGAUCCGAAAGAAGGGGAAACUCCCCGGCCCCACCGAGUCCAUCUCGUACGCCCUGGAGUACGGCAAGGCCGAACUCGAAAUCCAGAGUGACGCCGUGGAAGCGGGACAAAAAGUGGUCGUUGUGGAUGACUUGCUUGCAACUGGAGGCACGAUGCGCGCAGCCUGCGAGCUGCUGGCGAGGCUGAAGGCCGACAUCCUGGAGUGCCUGGUGGUCAUCGAGCUGAAGGCCCUGAGAGGGGCGGCCAAGCUGGAGGCCAUCCCCUUCCACUCCCUGCUGCAGUACGACUGAGGCUGCUGGCUGCUGCAGCACCUCGGGCUGCGGGCCCCGACUCCGGGUUGAUGUCACGACUUGGGGGGGGGCAGCAGGGACCUGCGUGGGGAGGGGGAGACCACGAUGCCAUUUUACUGGUGUUGCUUUUCAGGCUACCAAAGCAAGGCAGGGCAGGAUGCUCCGUGGGCCAUAGGUGCCUGAGCCCAGCCCCGGGAGAGCUCUGAGUGGCUCCUGAGGAGCUCAGAUGGGCGCAGUGCUGCUGUGUGUCAUGGUCUGAGCAGGGUUCAGGCCAGCCCCGGGCUGUCCCACCUCCCUAUCUUCGCAGGGGCUGAGCUCGCUGCUACAAUAAACAUUGCCUCCUUUUUCUAUUUUUUCUAAA